AUGCGGAUGGACGGCGGGGUGUCCAGAGCCGGGAGGCAGCUCUGCUCACUUGUGCUUUCCCCCCCCACCGCAGCGGACCCAGUGGUGCAGAUAGAGGGGAGCCCCCAUUGCUGCUACUUCAACUUCAGCCCCAAGAUCAUGUUCACCAAGGUGGUGAAGGCCCAGCUGUGGGUGUACCUGCGGCCCGUGCAGCACACCUCCACCGUCUACUUGCAGAUCCUGCGCCUCAAGCCCGUCACCGAGGAGGGCAGCCGCCACAUCCGCAUCCGCUCCCUCAAGAUCGACCUCAACUCCCGCAUCGGCCACUGGCAGAGCAUUGACUUCAAGCACGUGCUGCAGAACUGGUUCAAGCAGCCGCAGAACAACUGGGGCAUCGAGAUCAACGCCUUUGACCCGAAUGGCAACGACCUGGCAGUCACCUCCCUUGGCCCCGGAGCAGAAGGACUGCAUCCUUUCAUGGAGCUCCGCGUGCUGGAGAACAACAAGCGCUCGCGGCGGAACCUGGGGCUGGAUUGUGACGAGCACUCCACCGAGUCCCGCUGCUGCCGCUACCCGCUGACUGUUGACUUUGAGGCCUUCGGCUGGGACUGGAUUAUCGCCCCCAAGCGGUACAAAGCCAACUACUGCUCGGGGCAGUGCGAGUACAUGUUCAUGCAGAAGUACCCGCACACCCACCUGGUGCAACAGGCCAACCCCCGGGGCUCGGCCGGACCCUGCUGCACCCCCACCAAGAUGUCCCCCAUCAACAUGCUUUACUUCAAUGACAAACAGCAGAUCAUCUAUGGCAAGAUCCCAGGCAUGGUGGUCGACAGAUGUGGCUGCUCUUAGAGCCCAGCGGGUGCUGCCCCAGCCCCGCUCCCGGCCAGUCGCCAAGCCUCAUCUUCGCUUCCCCUUUUUUUAUAGGUAUCAAAAGAACGAACAUGAAAAUGCUUUUUUGAAUGUCGGGGGAGGGGAGAGAGAAAGAAUCCCCCCCCUCCAGAAAAACGAA